UUUUACUGCGUCCACAGCCAUCCGGCAAGAUGGUCCCCUCGCUUUGUCUGCUCUGACCGGAGUUGUUUCGGCAUUCAGUGUUUCUUCUUGCUUCCGCAUUGUCGAAAAACCUGCAAAUUAGAUUGAAUUGGACCCCUUGUACCAUUGACAAAACGUCUCCUUACCGGUUAAGCAAUGCCGACGACGGAAAGCAGGUAAAAUGAGUCUGUCUUCUUCUGAAUCCAACAAAGACCAAAUGGCAGAGAAAGAAGAGGAGCCUGGGAGCUCAACAGACACUAUGAAGCCCUCGUCUUCUCGCGAAAAGAGGAAGUCUGCUACUGGAACCAAGCACACUGGACGGAAUGAAUCAGACUCAGCUGAGAGUCAGAAUGAAGGUGCCUCAUCUGACAACCCCUCAGACAGUAACAAAGGCAGUGGAUCUAAAGGAACUUUAGUGAUGAGACCAGCUGGAAAUGAAAAUAAAGGCGCCAUGAAACUCAGAGUGGAUUUCAAACAAAAGCAUACAGAUGAUACCCUGCAGAAGAAGGUUAACUGCACAGCCUGUGGAAAACAAGUCAACCAGUUUCAGCGCAACUCUGUGUAUGAGCAUCCAGCGCUCAAAGUACUUAUUUGCAAGUCAUGCUUCAAGUAUUACACAAGUGACGAUAUCAACAGAGACUCUGAUGGGAUGGAUGAGCAGUGCAGAUGGUGUGCUGAAGGUGGCAAACUCAUCUGCUGCGACUACUGCAACAAUGCUUUCUGCAAGAAGUGCAUCCUACGUAAUCUUGGCAGGAAGGAGUUGUCAGUCAUCACCAAUGAGCUCUCCAAAUGGCACUGCUAUGUCUGCAGGUCAGAUCCCCUCCAAGAUCUAGUCUCCAAAUGCCACAGCAUCAUGGAAAGUCUGGAGCAACAAAAAGUGGAGAAAACCUCAGAGGACCGUGUGAACAAGAAACACAAGAGCAAAGUGGUAAAAGAGCACAAAGCAGUGGUGAAUGGAAAAGAACACACUGAAGGCUCAGGGACCAUGACAUUCUCCUACAAAAAACUGCAGGUACCAAAAGAACUUAUAAAAAAGACUAAAAAGCUUGUUGAAACUACAACUGGAUUGAACAAUACAUUCAUCCAGUUCAUCCAGCAAGCGACGGAGGAGAAGGGUGAUAAAUCCAUCAGGUAUCGACAUCUGAAAGCCUUCAAAGCUGUGCUUGCUGACUUGAAAAAAGCUCACAGUGCUUUGGAAGAAGCCUUGAGGCCCGAGUUCAAAAACAUGGAGUUACAGAACGGAAAUGAAGAGCAACAUGUUGUAAAAAAGAGUACUGAAGUUGAAGCCCCUCUAGAAAACGAUCACAUGGCUAAUGAGGCAGAGACAGUUGAUGAGGCUGUUGCAGUGGAGGAGCAAGGUGUGGAGCAAGGCGAGGAGCAAAGCAUGGAGCAAGGUGAGGAGCAAAGAAAGAAGCAAAGCAAGAAGCAAAGCAAGGAGCAAAGUAAGAAGCUAGGCAAGAAGCAAAGCAAGGAUCACACCAAGGAGGAGAUUGAGCAGCCAGAGGAGGAUCUUGAUGAGGAUCUGGACAAUGAACUAAUAGAGGAGCUGGCUGAGGAACCACAUGAAAAGCAAGUUGAGGCUCCAAAUGAGAAACCGGUCGAGGAUCCCCUCAUCGAGAAGCAUAAUGAUCAGGUUAAUGAUCAGGACAAGGACAAUGAUGACAUGUCAGAAGAGACUGAAAUGAAAGACAGCCAAACAGAAUGUGACAUAACCAAAACCAUUAUAAAAACUGAAGUCUGUGAUGAUGCACUCAUGCCAACCAGCGAAAUGUCACUUGAUCACGACAUUAUGUCGGUGUCUCCUUCAGUUCCUGAAGAGCUUUUUCAGAUGGUGGAAAGUCUAUCGGAUUCUAGCAUGCUCUUGCAGAAAGACACUGAUGUGGUCACAAAAGCUGACUCAAAAUCGGACACAAACUCGACCACAAACUCAGCAAACACUCCUCGUCCCCAUCCUAAGGUAAAGAACCUCAUUGUCAAACUGACCCCUGUGCCCGUUGUAAAGACCUGUGGGUCAAUAAACUCUAAGUCCAAAAACAAAGAAAAAGAUGAAGGAACACCCAAAAAAGUACAAGCAAAACAAGAAAAAAGCGAGGAGGAAAAUGAUGAUGCUACUGCAGAUGGCUCAGACAACCCAUCACCCAGCAGCCGCUCUGGUAGGGUGAAGACUACCCCUCUGAGGAAGCAGGCUGAGAGUCAGAGCAAGGAAGAAUCCUCUGAGUCAGAGCCAGAGGAGAAUAGUAAGGCUAAGGCCUCCAAGAAAUCUCGUAAGACCCAAAAAAAGGACGAGAUACAGAGCAAGGAAGAGUCCUCUGAGUCCGAGACAGAGGAGGAUAGUAAGGGUAAGGCCAAGGCCUCCAAGAAAUCUCGUAAGACCAAAAAAAAGGACGAGAAACGGAGCAAGGCUUCAGAGGAAAAGACGGUUGAUUCUGACUCUGAUGAAGUUCCCGACAUACUGUUGAAGAAAGCUGCAGAAGAAAACAGCACAGAUGAGGAUCAGAAGAGCACAAGUGCUAAAAAGUGUUUAUUCAAACAAAACAACACAUCAGCACAGGAAACAGACAAAGCAUCCAAACGCAAGAGAAAGUCUCAAAGCUCUGAUUCAGAUUCAGAGAACAAAAAGAAAAAAUCCUCCAAGAAGAAGCAGAAACCAAACAUCACAGAUUCCUCUGACUCUGACUCUGAACAGGAGAAAGAAAAGAAGAGUAAACUGAGCUCAGGGAAGAGGAGAUCUAGCCGAGUGAAGAAACAAGAUGAAGCAAAAGAGGAAGACAACAAAACCCCUGAGAAGAAGAAAGCGGACCGGAGGAGGUCUUAUGAAAAGAAGCGCAAGGGAAAGAGCCCCAAAACGACCUCCAAACUGCAAUCAUCCUCCAGCGAGGAGGAAGAGGAGCAGGAACAGGCUGAAGGUGGUUCUGGAGAGGACAGUGACCAGCAGAAGAUCAAACCCAUUGUUGAGGAUAAUGUGAUGGGAGCCAGUGGUCCCUUUCAUCAAUCCUCAGGAGAUGAAGCGGAUGACAAAGAAAAGCCCUCUGGAAAUUAUGAGGAUGAUGACGAUGAUGAUCCUGAGAACAGGAUUGCAAAGAAGAUGCUCCUGGCUCAAAUAAAAUCCAACUAUUCAUCCGGCGCAGAGAGUUCCUCUGAAAAUGAGGGAGACAAUAAGGAUGAGAAGGCCUCCAAGAAAGUUAAAAAAGAGGAAGAUGAUGAUGAUGAUGAAGAGCAAGAUGAUGACACAGACACCUCAAGUUCUGAUGUGGAUGUGAAGAAGCCCGGCAAACGCCACAAAUUGCUUCGGCAUAAACUCUCGCUGAGUGAGGGUGAAUCAGGAGAGGAGAAAUCUGGCAAAGAGAAGAAGAAGGGGAGCAAGAAGAAGUCUGGAAGAAAAGUGGGCAGUGAUGACUCUGCAGAUUCAGACUUUGAUAAGUCUGAUAAGUCAGAGUCCAGCGAGGAGUCAGGGGUCAGUGAGGAGCUCAGUGAAUCAGAGAAAGAAGAGAAGCGUCGAAAGACGAGAUCUUCCAAGAAGAAGGAUGAGGAGAAACAGAGAAGUUACAAGCAGAAGAAGAAGCGACGCAGGAUCAAAGUUCAGGAUUCCUCUUCCAGCAAUGAGAAGAGUGGAGAGGAAGACGACGAUCCGGAUGGAGAAGGCAAAAAGGGACGCAAGAAGAUCCGCAAAAUCUUGAAGGAUGACAAGCUGCGGACAGAGACGAGAGAUGCUCUAAAGGAGGAGGAGGAGAGGAGGAAACGUAUAGCUGAGAGGGAGGCACUCAGGGAGAAACUUCGAGAGGUGAUUGUUGUUAAGGAGUCAUCAGAGGUGACUUGUCCCAUCACCACCAAGCUCGUGCUGGAUGAGGAUGAAGAAACCAAAGAGCCAAUAGUACAGGUGCACAGGAACCUUGUCACAAAGCUAAAACCUCAUCAGGUUGAUGGGGUGCAGUUCAUGUGGGACUGUUGCUGUGAAUCUGUGAAGAAGAUUGAGAAGUCUUCUGGCUCCGGCUGCAUCCUUGCCCAUUGUAUGGGACUAGGAAAAACGCUUCAGGUGGUGACAUUCCUUCACACUUUGCUGCUCUGUGAAAAGCUUGACUUCAGCACAGCUCUGGUUGUUUGUCCUCUGAACACUGUCCUUAACUGGCUCAACGAGUUUGAGAAGUGGCAGGAGGGAAUGAAAGAUGAUGAGAGUUUAGAGGUGACUGAGCUGGCCACAGUGAAGAGGCCUCAGGAACGAGCAUAUGCUCUCAACCAGUGGCAAGAAUCGGGGGGUGUUAUGAUCAUCGGCUAUGAGAUGUACCGAAACCUGACACAGGGCAGGAACAUCAAAAGCAAGAAGCUCAAAGAGACCUUUCUCAAGACUCUGGUAGAUCCAGGUCCAGAUCUGGUCAUCUGUGAUGAAGGUCACAUCCUAAAGAAUGAGGCAUCUGCAGUGUCAAAAGCCAUGAAUUCAAUCAAGACAAGGAGAAGAGUCGUGCUGACUGGAACUCCUCUGCAAAACAACCUGGUUGAAUACCAUUGCAUGGUGAACUUCAUCAAGGAGAACCUGCUGGGCUCUAUCAAGGAGUUCAGGAAUCGUUUUAUUAACCCUAUCCAGAACGGUCAGUGUGCCGACUCUACCCUACAAGAUGUCCGGAUCAUGAAGAAGAGGGCUCACAUCCUGUAUGAAAUGCUGGCCGGCUGUGUUCAGAGGAAGGACUACACAGCACUUACAAAGUUCCUACCUCCCAAACACGAGUAUGUGUUGUCUGUCAGAAUGACUCCAAUCCAGUGUAAACUCUACAGAUACUACCUGGAGCACUUCACAGGUGUUGGGAAUGCUUUGGAGGGGGGACGGGGCCGCACAGGGACCCGACUUUUCCAGGAUUUCCAGAUGCUCAGCAGAAUCUGGACCCAUCCCUGGUGCCUUCAGCUGGACUACAUCAGUAAAGAAAACAGGGGUUUCUUUGAUGAGGACAGCAUGGACGAGUUCAUUGCGUCUGAAACAGAAGAAUCCUCCAUGAGCAUGACCUCUGAGGAUGACAAGAAAAAGAAAAAGAAGAAAGGGAAAGGAAAGAAGGGAUCUGACGACUCUGACAGUGAUGAUGUGGAGGUCAUCAAGGAGUGGAACAGUAGCUCUCGGGGCAGAAACGGAGAGGGUCGGGGUAGACCAGAGCCUAAGGAAGAGCCAGAACCAGCUCAGCCCUCUGGCUCGGCACCAGGCAGUCCGACUCCUGACUGGCACAAGGAGUUUGUCACUGAGACCGAUGCUGAGAUCCUCGAGCACUCGGGGAAGAUGAUGCUCCUCUUUGAGAUUCUGCGCAUGGCAGAAGAAGUAGAUGAGAAAGUGUUGGUGUUCAGUCAGUCUCUCAUCUCUCUGGAUCUGAUUGAGGAUUUCCUGGAGCUUGCUUGCAGAGCCAAAGAUGAAGACAAAAUCUCUCCAUACAAAGGUGAUGGCAAAUGGUUCAGAAACAUUGACUACUAUCGCCUGGAUGGCUCCACCAAUGCAACAACCAGAAAGAAGUGGGCUGAAGAGUUUAAUGACACCAGUAACACAAGAGGCCGUUUAUUCCUCAUUUCAACCCGAGCUGGCUCUCUUGGCAUCAACCUGGUGGCAGCCAACAGGGUCAUUAUCUUCGACGCCUCCUGGAACCCCUCCUACGACGUCCAGAGUAUCUUCAGGGUGUACCGCUUUGGCCAGGUUAAGACUGUCUAUGUGUACAGGUUCCUUGCCCAGGGUACCAUGGAAGAGAAGAUCUAUGACCGGCAGGUAACCAAACAGUCACUGUCAUUUCGAGUGGUUGACCAGCAGCAGAUUGAGCGUCACUUUACCAACAGUGAGCUGGCUGAGCUCUACACCUUUGAGCCUGACCUGCUGGAUGAUCCCUCAGAAAAGAAAAGCAAAAAAGCCACACCCUUACUCCCCAAGGAUCCGUUCCUGGCUGAGAUGCUGCAGAACAACAAGGACCAGAUAGUAUGUUACCACGAACACGACUCCCUGCUGGAUCACAAGGAGGAGGAAGCCCUGAGCGAGGAGGAUCGUAAGGCUGCCUGGGCAGAGUACGAAGCAGAGAAAAAGGGCCUGCUUAUGAGGACCAACUACCAGUCGCAAUACAAUCAGAUGGAUGCGGGCACCUCCAACUACUUCUCCUACAACAUGGCUGCUCUGGCCUCAAUGACCAACCAACAGCUGGAGGAUCUUAUCAACCAGGGACGACAGAAAGUCGUUCAAGCUACAAAUGCUCUGAAGACUUUAGCCCGGGAGACAGUGGAAGAUACCAUCGCCAGAGUGUGGAAGGAAAACCCAGGACUCACAGAAGCUCAGGUCCAGGCAAUCGCUCUAAAUCAACAGGCCAGCUUGGAGGUGGAGGUGAAGCGCAGAGAGGCUGUGUACAGAGACGUCCUUACUCGACAGCAGACGUUGAUGAUGUACGUGCAGAAGCUGAUCACCAACAGGAAGGUGCAGGAGCAGCAGUUGGCCAUGGCCAACCAAGCAAGUUACCUGAACCAGCUGGCCCUGCAGAAUGGCAUGAUGGGAGGUGGCGGGCUUAGCCAGAUGGACCUGCUGGGGCUCUACCAGCAGCUCCAUGGCCUCGGCUCCCACCAAGGCAUAGGCAAGAAUCCUGGCCCCUCGAAGGGCCUGUAGGUCAGCGGGACACUUUCUCGCCCACCCACCCCACUCAGCUAGCCAGCUCCCAGUGGUUCAGUCCCAGCGAGGCCCAGUCCUCUGUAACCAACGCGCUGUGAGGCCUCUCAGGGGUCAAAACAAACUGGUGCACCAAGCUGUUGGUGGAGAAGUUUGUGACCAGGCGGCUGUCCACUGGGGCCUCAAGUGGGAUAGACUCUCAGCCCUUUAUUCUGUAGUUCACUGAGAGACGGUGGUAUAUAAUGUAUAAAUGACUGUGUGCAAGGAGUCCAUUAGAACAUAAAAAAUGUAUAUACCGCCUUAAUGUUAUUCAAGUUCUAUAUCUUCAUUUUUCAUGUAUUUAAAGACAACUUUUUCCCCUAAUGAUUUGAAGCAUUGUGUUAUUUAGCCCUGAAAGACUUCGUAUUAUGUAAACUCAGUUUUUUAUACUGUUUUAAAUGCCUAACUGAACGUGAGUGGGACCAGUCAUUGGUGGCAGGACACUAUGAUCUAAAGCUCUUCAGGAUCAUUGGCCCCUGUAGAUUCCUUCACCAGUAUCUAGCUAAGCAGUCAGCUGACGGUGCUGCAAAGUCCUGCUCCUUUUGGGAGAUUGAAGAAAUUGCUAAAUCUACAAAAACAAAAAAAGAAAAGAAAAAAUAUGGCCUUAUAUUAGUUUCCUAAAAAAACUCUGUAAAGUUCUGAGAUUUGUUGAGAAUCUUUUGUAUUCUGCUUUUAAGUGUUUACAUUAGUUGUUGCAGAACAUGAUAUUGGAAUGCUUGUGUUGUCCAAAACUGCCUGCCAGUUCCUAUGACCUUUUUGUAACAUCAUUCUUGUUGUCACAUUGUCUAGCAUAGCGCUGUGCGUCCUGUUCACUGUUUAUGUUUCACUUGUGUUUAUCCUGAGUUCAGGUGAGCGACUGGGUCUCACAAAGCACAGAUAGUUCAGUGGGGCACCCCAGGGCCCAAAACUCGUCCCUCUACUUUUCUGUCGAAGGUUGAAAUGUGUGUGAUAGAAUGAGUAAAGGACUAAAAAUCUUCCAAUGCCCGGCUGAUCUGUGCCCUUCGCUUCGUGAGAAAAAGCCUUCUGGACUCUGAAGUAUCGCCAGGCAGGCACCCGGUACACCUGUAUGCUACUUAGGCACUUUUUGCUUGAAAGCGCUUUUACUGGUGUUACUGUUCAUCAUGAGGAGUAUGUACAUUUCUCAUGAAGAGGCGCCUGUUGUCUCCUGUUGGCUCCCGUGUUUGCACAGAUGUAUUUCAUAAAUGUAGAGACACUUUUUGGCCCUCCUCUAAGAAUGUUAUGUUAGCAAAUACACCAUGUUGAUUUGCCAUGACUCUGAUCUGCUAUUAUCUUGAUAAGUAUUUAAUAUAACAUUUAAUAAAGUGACCAAAAGAGUGAGAAAACCCGUGUUAGAGUCAUUUGGCUUAAAGGACCUUGAAUAUCCUUGUACCAAGUUACUUAACUUUGAGAAAGUGUCAAUUAAAAAAAGGCACAAAAACACAAUGGAAGACAUUUUUAUAGGCUUCUCCUCAUAUUUUUUGUCAGUCUAUUUAACUUGCAAAAGAUUUCACAAGAAUUCUUGUAUUCAGAAAAGGGAAGUGUGAGUCUGGAACAUUUCCUUCCUUAUUAGUCUUUACUGAAGUAAAUUCAGAUUAAAAUGAAAAUAGGCGUUAAAGAUGACAUGUGUAAAGAUCAACCAUUUAAUAUAACUACCCAGAAUGCAUUGCACUAUAAUUGCGGCCUACAUGUGAAUUCUUAAUAUAUUUCUCAUAAUGUAGAAAUCUGUCUUUUCUUGAUACAUUAUGAGAAAUAAUCUUAGUUAAAAAGAAGUAGCUUGUCUCACUAUGCAGGGUUAUUUUGAGCUACUUGUUAGCCAAUCUUAUGAAUAUAGAAAAUACAGAGUUAACUUGCCUUGAUUUGUCACAAGGUAUCAAAAUCUAAUUGGCUUUUUAGGCCACCAACAGAAACUGCAUGACCUCCCACCACCCAGUUUCACUGAGGAUGUUGUGGUAAUUGAUGUGCUUUUAGUGGUGUUAGUAGGCAGAUCUUUCACCCUUUUUGAAGAGUCAGGCCAGCUGUAUGCAAAGCUAACUGUAUGAUAGCUCCAUCAUAUUAACAAUACAUACUUAAAGCAGGU